AACAGCAGUAGCGGCAGGAGUUCCAUGCCGGGCAGCUGGUGAUCGUCGCUUUCCCGAGCGCAUCGCUUCCCAACCGUAAUCAGCUGUUGUUAAAGAUGUCGGGAUACCUUUACGAGAAAGCACUUACCACACUUCUGCUACUUUGGCUGAUGAGUCAAGCGUGUAGUAGCUCCAAGAUUCUGGUGGUGUGCCCGACGCCAUCCAUCAGCCACCAGAAGCCUUUCCACAUUUUAACCAAAGCUCUGCUCCAGAGAGGUCACAAGGUCACGUUUUUCACCGCCAACCCACUCAAGAUUUCUCACGAAAACCUGACGGAAAUUGACUUAUCCGUUGCAUACAAUAUCAUCGGUGAGUUGGAUUUCGUGAAAAUGGCAUCGCAGUCACCUGCAGAGAGUAUUUCGUUUAUUCGAUCUGCUUCAAGAACUAUGGUUCCUUGGCAACUUAAUGAACCAGCAGUGCAAGAUUUCCUCAAGAGGAACCACACAUUCGACGUGAUGAUUAUGGAGCGGAUUUUGUACCAGGGUUACUACGGGUUGGCCCACAGGGUCGGCUCCCCACCUCUCGUCGGGAUGGUGACGCUGGCAGCCUUUUCGCCUCUGUAUUACGCCAUGGGGAAUCCCAUGAACCCAGCGUACGCACCCGACGUCUGGCUGGGAUUCUCGGACCACAUGACCUUCUGGGAACGGGUGUACAAUGUGUUUUUCUACCUGAGAUGUUAUUACCUGUGGUUCUGGGAAACAUUUCCAGAGCAGGACGCCAUCAUGAGACAAUACUUCGGUCCUGACCUUCCAUCGGUGUAUGAGACGGAUCGCAACUUCAGCCUCCUUAUCGUCAACAGCCAUUUCUCUAUGGAGUACCCUCGUCCGCACCUGCCUAGCAUCAUAGAGGUCACUGGUGUACACGUAGAGACGCAGGCAAAGCCACUGCCAAAGCGCAUUCAAGAGUUUAUGGAUGGGGCAGCGAAUGGAGUAAUCUACCUAAGCCUCGGAUCCAACGUGAAGAGCAAUGCCUUGCCGUGGGAGAAAGUCCAGGCCUUCCUGGAUGCGUUUCGUGAGCUCCCACAGCGAGUCCUCUGGAAGUGGGAGAACGACUCGUUGCCUGGACAACCAGACAAUGUGAUGAUCAGCAAGUGGCUGCCGCAGCAGGAUGUUCUCGCUCACCCCAAGUUGGUCCUCUUCGUCACGCAAGGAGGUCUUCAGAGUAUGAAUGAAGCCACGUACCAUGCUGUCCCGUUUCUCGUCAUCCCGUUCUUCUCCGAUCAGGAUCACAACGCUGCCAAGAUACAGCAGGCGGGGAUAGGGUUAUGGCUGAAAUACAGUGACGUCACCAAGGACACGGUGCUGCACGGUAUACGUGCUGUUUUAGGAGAUAAAAAGUAUAGAGAGAACAUGAGGAGGCUCUCGUCGAUAUUCCGCGAGCACCAGGCGGACUCUUUGGAGCGCGCCGUGUGGUGGGUGGAGUACGUGAUACGUCACAAGGGGGCCCCGCACAUGCGCAGUGCCGCCCUCGACCUGCACUGGUGCCAGCUGCUGCUGCUCGACGUCGUCGCCUUCCUGCUGCUGGCAGCGGCUGCGGUUGCUGGUGCCAUGUUUUGUCUCGCGCGACGACUGUUCAUCAUAGCAAGGCCGAAGGAGAAGAAACAUUAACUCUCCAUUUGUGGGUACACCUUGUGGAGACCAAACUUUCCACGUUCAGCUGCCUGUAGGAACUGGGAAGUACGGUUAUAACAAUAUCGUUUGUGUUGUUACAUCUGUGCUCGCUUUUGAAAUCAUUUCUCAGUAUGAAGAAUCGCGCUCUGAUUUGGUAGGCCCUCUGAUCUGGCAGCUGGUCUGCACAAGAGUGCGUCUGUCUUAUGGAACAAGUGACGUUGUGAUAACAUAUUGUUGUGACGCAGUCUGGUGAUAACCGCCUCAUAUUGUGUAACACUCAUUAGUGAACAUUCCAUUAAUAAGGUCAUGAUUCAUCGAGAAAAAGUUCCAAUAGUUACUGUAAUAACGAUAUAUGGAGCUAAUAUUUCCUAUAGUUGUGAUGUAGUACCAAUGUAAACCAAGUCCACCAUUAACAGCGGCGUAGAGGUUGUGAACAAGUCAUACUCAGUGUAACAUCUGACACUUUCUGGUAUCAUACAGAGUUACAAUAUUCCAUAACAAUGGGGCGUUAUUGUGGGAAGAAGGUGAAAGACAAAUGAAAAUUAUACUAAACACUUUGUUGAUGACGCCAUUAAAACAGAACUAUGAGUAAA